AUGCCGGAGCGAUAUUUUAGAGAAAAUUAUAUCUUUGAUAUAAUUCCACUCUCUGGAGAAAAACAUACUGCAGAGUUUAUUGAAGAUAAACUUGUCAAAUCAAUCCCUAUAUUGGAAUUGUCAAGAUCCCGUACGCUGACCGUAGAUGGUGCUUCGAAUUUGAAAAAGAUGUGUGAGGAGAUGACCAAAAGAAGGCAAGCUUAA